UGAAGAGAGUCAAUUCCAGAUCAGAAUCAUGUCCGACGCAAACGCAAAGCCCACCGGUCUGGCCGCCAAGGUGGACAAGAAGCGCAAGAGACAGGCCGAGGAAUCCAACUCCAAGCCGGAGCAGACGAAGUCGACUGGCAACAAUGCCUCCGAGGGACCGAACAGUAACAAGAAGCGCAAGAACAACAACAAGGGCAAAUUUGACAAGAAGGGUGGAAACAAGGGCAAGGACAGCAAAGACAAGGCGAAGCAGCCGAAGGAGCCUCAGGAGACCAAGGCGACAGAGGUCAAGGGCAGCAUCGAUGAAGCAAUCGGCAAGAUGGACGGACGGUUGUUGGCGGACCACUUCGCUCAGAAGGUCCGACGACACAACAAGGAGAUCACUGCAGUCGAGCUGAGUGAUCUGUCCGUACCUGACUCCGCAUUCCUCGACACCUCAUCGUUCGACUCCCCACGCAACCUCGAAAACCUCCCCGCGUUCCUGAAAGCUUUCAGCCCGGAGAAGGGAUCCGGAUUGGCGAAGUCAUCCGAGGAGAAGGGUACCCCUCAUACACUGGUGAUCGCGGGCGCAGGUCUCCGGGCCGCGGAUGUCGUCCGAGCCCUCCGCUCAUUCCAGAACAAGGAGUCCAUUGUCGGCAAGCUGUUCGCGAAACACAUCAAGUUGGACGAGGCCAAGCAGUUCUUGGAGCGCGCACGCAUGGGCAUCGGAGCCGGUACCCCAGCCCGCAUUUCCGACUUGAUUGAUUCAGGAUCCCUCAAACUCGGUGAACUGGAGCGUAUCGUCAUCGACGGUUCCUACGUCGACCAGAAGCAGCGCGGCAUCUUCGACAUGAAGGAGACGCAUCUUCCGUUGCUGCAGCUGCUCACCCGGCCCGAGUUCAAGGAUCGGUACGGUGCCAAGCAGAAGGGUAUCAAGAUCUUGGUAUUUUAGAAAAAGAAAAGGUGAUUGUACAUAAGCAAAAAGGGGUUGGCGUUUGUCAGACG